UCAAAUUCUUCCCCUAUAUAUAUGGUUCAGUCUUCCCCUUGAGUGUUCAAACACCAAGAAAAAACUUAAAGGAGAGAAGAAAUGGCAGGCAGCGUAUUCUCGGUUAGGAGUUCAAAGCUUCGAUCAUGGGGGAGGUGUUCCAAACAAGUUCGCCAGCAGAGAACACGGCUUUACAUAAUCUGGAGAUGCACUGUGUUACUCUUGUGCUGGCACGAGUGAAGUUGAAGAAAUGGAAGAACAUGUGAGAGUUGUAUUGCGAAAAAAGGGAGAGUUUAGGGGUAGAGUAGGCAACUAAAGGGGCUAUAUGAAGCAGAAGUUCCUGCUCAACAUGUAAAUUUAGAAACUAGUCUGUUGAUAAUUCAAAAUGAAGACA